GAAUGAAAAACUCAGUGAGUCAGUUUUAGCCAAUUCAGGGCGGACAGUGAUGCAAAACGAUUUAUGAGAUAGAAGAAAUACGACGAUGGACUUGCUUCCAGAUAACAUCCUUCUGGACAUUUUCAACUUCUUACCGAUUCCCUGCCUCAUCCAGGCCGCUUACUCAUGCAGGAAUUGGUACCGUGUUGCCAUGGACAACCUGUUGUGGAAGAAUCUGCUCCAUCGACACUGGAGGAUUCCACGCAGUGUUCCCAUGAUGCCAGGCAAGCGGUCAUGGUAUGAGGAAUGUCGCCGUCUCAAGGACCUGACUCCGACAGUCGAGUGUCAGGUGAUCCAAGAACACAAGGACCAGGUCCUGCACGUCAGUUUCUCACACAACGGGAAAUACUUCGCUACAUCGUCCAAGGACGGCUUCAUCAAGGUGUGGUCGUCAACUCAUCCAGUUGUUCUCCGGUACCAGCAUGACAUGAAGCCCGAAUUCAACUGGAAAUACACCCAGUACUCUGUGUUCAACGAGAGCGACACACUACUGCUUGUGUCAGGGGUGCAUUUCGGAAAUUUAAGUACAUCAGGGGAGAUUGCCGUCUUCAGUAUUGUAGAUAACUUUGAGCUGCAGUGUCGGGUGAUUAACAAGCCGUAUGACGUGUUUGGGACGUGGUACAACGAUACACAUCUCGUGUCAGGAAACCUGCACUGGACUGGACAUCUCAACUCCUGUUCCGCUCUCUGGCUAAAUAAGGCAACUCAGGCAAUUGAAUCGGAGCAUGAGUCGGUUGUGAUGCAGUGGCUAAAGUUCAACAACUCCAAUGCUAGUUCUAUUCGUACUGUGAUGAUUGCAAACUGUCCCCCAGACGAUGGUGUCACCGAGGAUUCGUGUCAAAGUAGGACUAGUUCCGAUAAAACCUGUACCUCAGUGAAUGAAACAUCCGCCAGUCAUCCUGAUGCUAGUGACAGGGAAAACACAGCUACUUACAGACAGAGUAGCAGGAAUAACUGUGAGGCUCCAAAACAAACCAAAGUGAACAUGGUUAUGUCUGAUGAUUCCGUGAGGUUGAACGGUACAAUAGAGUACGACCCCGAGUACUGGAACGCAGAAUCGAGAAGUCGCAUUUCCGAACGUAAGAGACGCAAGUUUGAAACUAGCACUGCUGAUUUCCCCUGUGCGUGUUGUGACGCUAGUGAGGUUGUGGAGGGUAAUAAUGAGGUUAGUGUAGCUGCGGGUAACAGCUCUGAACACAACCUAGACCACUGUAUUUCACGCAUUGACAAUGACGUUCUCUGUGACGACACUGAUGUGAAUAUGAGUAGACAAAGCCCACCUGUAGACCGUUUCGAACAGUGCAAUUCCGAGAGUGUGUGUGACAAUGUCUGCCUGUCUGGAAGUUCUGCUGGGAGCGACACCACCAGCUCAAAGUGUAGCAUUCUCGACUCGUCUGUCUGUGACAAACUGCUGAUCUUCACCCGCGGGACGCUGACGUACACACCGCACCAGAUUGGAAUCAAGCGGAUAAAGCCGCUCGAGUCGGUAAGAGCCGAGACGAGUUCUCUGUCCAAUGGUCCCGUGCGGUUCUUACUACCGAGCGUGGAGGAGAACCAACACGGGAUGAACCGACCCCACGACGACGUCGACGAAGUCAUCGACAUGGACGGACACGUCAUCGGCAUGAGUCUGUCGCCAGAUCACAAGUAUCUGUACGUGAACAGCCGACCGUGGCCAAACAACUACCACAUAGAAAACCCGCUCCAGCCUCCACCCAUCGCCCAGGAGAUCGACAUCCACGUCAUCGACCUGCGCCGAAUGAAGGAGGUGGGCACGAUGCUGCGCUCUCACAAGGCCUACACGGCCAACGAUGAGUGUUUUUUCAUCUUCCUCGACGUCUGUCAUGAGUAUGUUGCAAGCGGUGCGGAAGACAAGCAUGGGUACAUCUGGGAUCGACACUACGGCGUCUGUCUCAACAAGUUUGCACACAGUGAUGUUGUCAACUCUGUCGCAUUCAACCCUCAGGACUCACAGAUGUUAGUUACCGUUAGUGACGAUCACCACAUCAAAAUCUGGCGCUCUAAAAACCAGUGUCGCCACUUAGACAUUAAAGUUGUUUAGCUUACGUGGACCGUGUCGAAAAAUAUAAUUUUAUGGUGCUCUGAAUGCGUCUUAAGAUUUGUGUGUGAAUUUUUUUUUUUUUUAAUACUGAGUAUUCACUUCUAUGUGGGCUGUGAUAUUGGAAAACCUUGACAAUUCAGAUGUGUUAAACUUCAGACAUUAUCGACUUGAAUGAUGAAGAUCUUAACACUGAGAUGUGCCAGGAAAAUAGUUUUACCAACAUUCAUCAGGUGAUCUGAAUAAUUAACUAGUGUUAUGAUUUCGGUGCCAGUUAAAUAUUGUUAGAAACAUGUCUAUAAAUUCAAUUUAUGUCUAGCAGCAUUCCCUCGUCAUGAUUUUUGUAGUAAUCACUUGAAUUUUAUUCUUUGAAAAGAUGUUACAUCAUAAGGGAAGUUAUAAGCACAUUUUGGACAAUAUUGAGCUUUAUGGACUCGAGAAGUCCAAACAUUUCGACAUUUGUAAACAAACAAAAAACCCACGAAGGUACAGAACUCUCCACAGAUGCACUUUAAUGUGAUUUGAUUGUCUGAUAGCUUAUGAUUUGUUGGAAGAAAUAGAAUAUUUUUGAAUCAUAAUAAUGUUGUCAUGACUUGUAGCUUCUACAGACGUUCUUAGGAUGUUGUCAUGACUUGUAGCUUCUACACACGUUCUUAGGAUGUUGUCAUGACUUGUAGCUUCUACACACGUUCUUAGGAUGUUGUCAUGACUUGUAGCUUCUACACACGUUCUAAGGAUGUUGUCAUGACUUGUAGCUUCUACACACGUUCUUAGGAUGUUGUCAUGACUUGUAGCUUCUACACACGUUCUAAGGAUGUUGUCAUGACUUGUAGCUUCUACACACGUUCUUAGGAUGUUGUCAUGACUUGUAGCUUCUACACACGUUCUAAGGAUGUUGUCAUGACUUGUAGCUUCUACAGACGUUCUUAGGAUGUUGUCAUGACUUGUAGCUUCUACACACGUUCUAAGGAUGUUGUCAUGACUUGUAGCUUCUACACACGUUCUUAGGAUGUUGUCAUGACUUGUAGCUUCUACACAUGUUCUUAGGAUGUUGUCAUGACUUGUAGCUUCUACACACGUUCUUAGGAUGUUGUCAUGACUUGUAGCUUCUACACACGUUCUAAGGAUGUUGUCAUGACUUGUAGCUUCUACACACGUUCUUAGGAUGUUGUCAUGACUUGUAGCUUCUACACACGUUCUUAGGAUGUUGUCAUGACUUGUAGCUUCUACACGUUCUAAGGAUGUUGUCAUGACUUGUAGCUUCUACACACGUUCUUAGGAUGUUGUCAUGACUUGUAGCUUCUACAGACGUUCUUAGGAUGUUGUCAUGACUUGUAGCUUCUACACACGUUCUUAGGAUGUUGUCAUGACUUGUAGCUUCUACACACGUUCUUAGGAUGUUGUCAUGACUUGUAGCUUCUACACACGUUCUUAGGAUGUUGUCAUGACUUGUAGCUUCUACACACGUUCUUAGGAUGUUGUCAUGACUUGUAGCUUCUACACACAUUCUUAGGAUGUUGGAUUUCACACUAAUCAUAGAUAACGAUUCAAAUCUACUACAAGUCAUUACUUGAGAGAUACUUACAUUUGUGUGUGUUAUUGUUUAUUUGAUACCAUCAAAUAUUAUUUUUAACAGAUGGCAUUUGCCUUAGGUCAAAAGUGAAAUGAACACAUGCAAAUUCAAAAAGGUUCAUAUGAUUAUCUCCUUUGUAAACUGAAAUGUUUUUCCACGAAACUAUUUAAAAUAAAAAUAAAAUCUGACUACAAUCUAACCGUAGACCCUUGAACAGGUAACAUGACCUGUCACACAAUCUAAUGACAUCAUUAACUUUGCAGGUGUUAUUGUCUGCUGCUCCGAAAGCAAUGUAAUUAACCAGUCACAUUAUAGAACAUAUUCACCAUCAUUUUACAAUACUAAAAUCAUAAUGUGACAACAUCCAUUUAACCAAACAAAAUACACAUACAAAAGGCUCCCUAAAUAUUUCAAUUCUCAGUGAACUAUUUUCCAAUUUUAUUAUGGGAUAUAUCUGACACUUCAGCUUUAUUUGACAAUCUAGCAAAUGUUUGUAUUUCAAAACUGUCUCAUUUGUAGUUUACAUAUAAAGUUAUUCCAUUAAAUAGAGUACCAACACAAAACACAAGUGUUUUGUUGGAUCACACUCAAUGUGAAGUAUGUUUGUAUGGAAUGUUUGACACAUGCCUUUAUGUUAGACUGAAUAAAGACUUUUUACCGUUAGAGAACAUUUCUGAUGAUGACUGUAAUCUGGCAGUUUUGUGAAUUUAUUCCAAUUUGAACCCAUUCACAGCAAGCACACUGAAAACUUCUCUACACAACUAAAGUAUUCAUUCAUUUCAUUUAUAGUUAUUUCUGUGCAUAUAUCCAAUUAAGGUUUGAGCACACUGUCCUGGGCAAACACUUUAGCUAUCUGGGCUGUCUGUCCAGGACAGUGGGUUAGUGGUUAGUGAGAGAGAAGUUGGUUUAGUGGCCUUACACCUACCCACUGAGUCUUUAAACUCACUCUGGGCGGGAGCUGGUACCAGGAUGUGAAUACAGUACCUUCUAGCUUAAUAUGUAUACCACUGAGGCCGGUAUUGAAGUAUUUAGUUGUAUGCCAUCUUUGAUAUGACUUGUCGUUGCAAUUGUUACGGUUUUUAAUCACAAAUCAGGUUAUUGACAGCAAUACUGGUAUCGUGUAGUCUGUUGUAAACUUUGUUUAUAUUAUAUGGCAAGCCACAUUAGUGUUCAAAGACACCAAAGACUCAGAAUAUAUUGAAUGGCAUAAUUUAAAUAUAUAUUUUUAUCUAAUAUAUUUACAUUAUUCAGGUCAUGUCUUUACGGCUGGUUUUGUUUCUGGAAUGUGUGCAGUUAAUUUUCUAUUUUGUCUCUUUGUUUCUGUGUGUGAUGAUUUCCCUAUAUAUGAGAGCAUCUGCUAAAGUAUCAGUUACUGAAAUGCUCAUCAAAAUGUGCAAAAAUUGUUCACGAAAUGUAUAUAAAGAUCUUCUUUGAAAAUAA